AUGUCGUGGGAUAAACAUCUCAUCUUCCGUCACAUCAAUUGCAGCUGGAACAAUAAAAGCAGCGGGAACCUUCAACGCUACAUCAAUUGUCGUGGGAUUAAUUAUUCUGUAGUUUGCAGACUAUUAUUUUGCUUUGAUCUCCAACUUCCUUUUAGCAAUUUUUGCUUCCUGAGAGUAUACUGUAGUUUGCUGAAGCAUCGCCGACUCAACGGCAACAACGAUCACCUCCAGAUCCACUUUAUUUCCAGAUCCACUUUAUUUGGAGAUCUGAAAGAAGAGCAAAGAUUUGCUCUCUUCUGCAAUCAGAUGGCGGUGUCACUGACAGUGGGGGGAUGGUUGGCGCAGGCCUUUAUCCAGACCUUGAUCGAUAAGGCCAGCGACAAAGCCAUCCAACUGUUUGCCGAGCGCCGGGGUUUUGCAGAAGACAUGAAAAAGCUGCGCACGUCGCUGCUGCAGACCCAAAUCACCCUUGACGAGGUACAGAGUAGUCGGAGCAACAACAUCAAGUGGAAGACAUUGAUGCAGGAACUCCAGGAUGCUUCUUAUGAUGCUGAGGAUUUGAUAGAUGAGUUCCAAUACAAUAUCCUCAGGCAGAAGAUCAAAGGUGAAGAAGAGGACAAGGCAAGUGGCUCCAGUGGCCUUCUAAGCAUUUUGCCUGCUGCAAAAAAAUUGUUUGGCUCUUCCUAUGAUAUGAGAGCUAGAGUGAGGGAGAUUCAAGAAAGGUUGGAGACUAGUAUGAAGAGCAUCGUGAAUCUGCCAGCAACACAUGAUAGAAGGAAGCAACCUGAGGUGAAGUUUCAGGCCAGAGAAUCAUGCUCUUCCCCGAUGGCGGACAAAUUGAUUGGCAGAGAGAAGGAACUGAAUCAAGUGGUAGACUGGUUGUUGGGGUCAGCUAAUCAGGUGGAACCUGCAUCCGGAUUUGUCAACAAUACCUUCUCUGUCUUGCCCAUUGUCGGGAUAGGAGGGGCUGGAAAGACUACUCUUGCUCAGUAUGCGCACAAAGACAACAGAAUUCAAGAUCAUUUUCAUCUCAAGAUUUGGGUCUGUGUGUCUGACAAUUUCACUGUGCAAGGACUCACUAAAUCUAUAAUAGAGUCAGUAACUCUACAAAAACAAGAUGAGAAUAUGUUAGAACCUCUUCAAAAAAUACUCCAUCAGCAUAUUGCGAAAAAGAAGUUUCUGCUUGUUCUUGACGACGUGUGGAGCGAUGAUAAGAGUAUCUGGGAGAAAUUCUGUGCACUACUCAAAGUUGGAGCUCAUGGUAGCAAAAUCAUUGUUACAACUCGGGACAUGAAAGUUUCUAAAAUGGUUAGCCUGACAGAACCAAUCUUGCUCCAUGGUUUAGACGAAGAUGCCUUUUGGCAAUUGUUCAUGAAAUGCUCAUUUGGCACACUCAACCCUGAAGAUUAUCCGGGGCUAGAAGACAUUGGUAGAAAGAUUGCUCGCAAGUUGAAGGGCUCACCAUUAGCCGCAAAGACAAUUGGCAGGGUUCUGCGAUCAAAUAUAUGCCAGCAACACUGGGCCACCAUAAUGGAGAGUGACAUAUGGAAAGUCAAACAAGAUGAAGAUGAUAUUAUGCCAGCUCUGCAGUUAAGUUAUCAAUAUCUUGAUGAAAAUUUGAAGCAGUGUUUUGCUUUUUGCUCAUUGUUUCCUAAAGAUCACAAAUUCGAUAAAGCUGAGUUGGUUCGAAUGUGGAUGGCUGAAGGCUUCAUUAAUGAAGAUAAAAACACAAAGAGUAUGGAAGACGUUGGAAGCGACUAUUUUCUUGAGUUUGUUAACAGUUCUUUUUUUCAAGAAUUCAGAUAUCAUUAUGAAUUUGGGGAUGGAUUUGGGAUUAGAAUUGUGAUGCAUGACCUUAUACAUGAUUUAGCUGAGAUGAUUUCUGCGGAAGAGACAUGCAGGAUUGAAAAUAGCAGACACACAAAGCCGCCUUCCACAACUCGACAUUUACGAGUAGAAAAAGAAAAAUUGCCGCUGGAGUUCUCAGGAUACAACAAGUUGCGCACCUUGGUGUCGAAACUUUCACUACCCGAUAGUAGCCUCUUUGAAAUACUAAGAAGCAUUCGCGUUUUGGAUGUAAGUUGGUGUGGCUUGCUGGAGUUAUCUGAACAUAUUGGUAAAUUGAUUCACCUCCGUUACCUUGAUAUAUCAGGGAAUUCUAAAGUUAAAAUUUUGCCUGACUCAUUAUGUGACCUUUAUAAUUUGCAAACAUUGAAGACAGAAUGUUGUUCUGAACUAGAGUCCAUACCACAAGAAUUGGGUAAAUUGGUCAAUUUGAGACACUUUGAUAUAUCAAGCAAUUUUAAAAUUAAAAUUCUGCCCGACUCAUUGUGCGACCUUUAUAAUUUGCAAACACUGAAGGUAAAUGGUUGUUCUGAACUAGAGUCUAUACCACAAGAAUUGGGUAAGUUGGUCAAUUUGAGACAAAUUGAUGCAGAUGGAGAGUUUUGGGUGAUGCUAAAAGAUGUACGGAGACUAACUAAUCUUCAAGAAUUGCCAAUAUUUAGUGUUCAAGAGGACGAUGCAUUCAAGCUUGGACAACUAAAGGAUUUGACACAGCUUCAUGGAACACUUUGCAUUCAAAAUCUUGAGAAUGUUGUUGAUGGCAAAGAAGCACAGCGGGCUAAGUUAAAGAGCAAAGUCCACCUAAAAGAAUUGGUGUUGGAUUGGAAUCUGAGAUGGUAUGGUGGGAAGGAUGCCAAAUUGGACGAGGAAGUAAUUGAAGGUCUGCAGCCACAUGAAUCACUCAAAAUAUUGACAAUUAGAAGGUACAAUGGAGGUAGGUCGCCUAGUUGGUUGAUGCCAAAAGUUCUAUCCAAUUUGGAAAAACUUGAAUUAUCAAAUUGCAUGGAAUGGGAUGACGUUCUGCCAUUUAUUGGUCAACGUUUGCAUCUAAUUGAACUUCGCAUGACCGACAUGCCUGCUUUGAAACGACUGAGUCAUGAAUUUGAAGGCAAGUGUUUUCCAAAGUUGCAAGUGCUUAAGUUAUGCAAAUUUCAAGCACUGAGAGAGUGGUCUUGGACUGAGGGCAAAGAUCUAUUUCCCUGCCUGCGUGAACUUUGUGUCAUAGAUUGUCCCAAACUAAAGAGAUUACCGCCCUUCCCUCCUUCCCUAGAAAUGUUGACAAUAGAAUGCUGUCCCAGGCUCAUAUUAAAUAGCAAAACGGAAGAUGACGAGGAAGGUGGCCGCCAUCUACCGCCGUCACUCAAGGAAUUGAAAUUGACCGACUGUGGCGAAUAUGCAAAACUUUUGUCCGACUGCUUGCACAACCUUACUCGAUUGGAAAUAAAUGAUUGUCUAUACAUACCGUCUAUUUCUCUGGUUCAACUGGUCGAACUGCAAUGCUUGUGCAUCUCUGAUUGUGAUGAGUUGAGAAGGAUAGAGUGCCUAGGACUCCUUAAAUCCCUCAAAGAAUUGAAGAUUGUAGAAUGUCCUAAGCUGGUUCAGUUGGAUGUAGGAGAUGAGCAAGCAGGAAGCUUGUCAUCUCUGCGUAAAUUAUGCGUGGACAAUACUGCUCUGCUUAAAAUGUUUCCUUUAAGAAACUCACUGCCAUUCAUCACAGAACUUGAAAUUGAGUCAUGUUCUGAGGAGGUGAUAUUUGUAGAGCCGAUAUGGGUGCCAAGCCUCGCUGCUGUUACAUCUCUAACUUUGCGUAAUUGCAAGAAACUACAAUAUCUGCCGACAGAGCUGCUGCAUGGCCUUCCCUUACUAGAAAAUUUAAUUAUGAAAAACUGUCCACAGAUCAAAUCACUGCCUGAUAAAGGACUUCCUCCUCGUCUCCAACGCCUACAGAUAUAUGGCUGCCCACAUAUUCAACUCCAAGAGAUACCAGAGAACUUGCGUCCCAUCAUCCCAUGCAUGUCACUAUUAUCUUUCAAUAUCUUCUAAUUCCUAACGCUGAAGUAGUUAACUUAUGAAGGCAAGGUAGUAAAGAUACUAUGGACGGUUCAGUUAAUUAUCACAAGGAUCUGGCUCUUCAAGGCGUACUAUACAUAAGAGCAGUAAAAAUAUUUGUUGGAGUUUGCUGAUAAUAUUCCAGUGAUGGAUUUGUGAUAUGUUCUUAUUGCGAUAUAUAGCCUCUUCAAAAUAAAUCGUCUACUAUGGGAACAAGAAUUUGCUCAUUGUGUCAUCGGUGUGGAUGUCUUUAAUUUUCCCUAGUAUUUGUGUGAAUUUGCUAAAUAAGUAUCGAACUCAACGUUUUGACAUUUGAAUAUUCUGCAACUAUUAUUAUCGCAUAUGUGGCUUUUAUAUUUAAAUUUGGAACUUAUUUAAUAAUCAUGUUACGUUGAA